AUGACGAUGUCAAGACUUCUCUCAAAAGCAGCUACUCGUGCGGCAUCUACGUCCACCGCCACGCAGACCACUAAAGCCGCGGGUGACAUCUCGUCGGUCUUUCCCAGUCUAAGACCGGAUUAUCAGCCAGAGCCUCUUCCUCCUCGUUUUCGAGACUUGAAGCGGCGGCUAUUUGAAAAGAAUGAAAAGGCCUUAACUGAGAGCUGGAAGAGACUGCUUCCCAGUUUAGAAGAAGAGGUAGACAAGAUUAGGACGAAAGGCAGCGAUAUCAUUCCCUCUGUGGACUACGCUGAUGUCGUUUCGGGGACAAUUUCCGAAGCGACCAUGAAAGAGAUCCGCCAUCGCGGCACUGUAGUCAUUCGAAAUGUUAUCCCUCGCGACAAGGCGUUGGAUUACAAGGAGCGCACCCGCGAUUACAUUGCCGCCAACAAGGAGCGCGUCAAGGCAUUCCCGGCUGAUUCUCCAGCCGUAUAUGAGCUCUACUGGACUCCAAGCCAAGCAGAAGCCCGUGCCCAUCCGAACAUGCUCAACACACAGCGAUUCCUGCAACGUCUAUGGCAUUCGUCUGACCCCAAGACUAAGCUGUCAACAUCCAAUCCGCUGACCUACGCGGAUCGUUUGCGUAUCAGGGAUCCCGGUGAUGCCAAAUUUGCCCUCGGUCCACAUGUCGACGGUGGCUCGCUCGAGCGCUGGGAAGAUCCCGAGUACUCGAGUGUGUACACCAAGAUCUUGGAAGGUAACUGGGAAAAAUAUGACGCGUGGGAUGCGAAGCACCGCCUGAAUGCCAAGAUGGACUUGUACAACGGUGCCGGUGCCUGUUCCAUGCUUCGCUUUUUCCAGGGCUGGAUGUCAAUGUCCGACACUGCCCCCGGCGAGGGCUCUUUGCACGUGUGCCCCAUGAUUGUUCAAAGCACCGCGUAUACAAUCCUGCGCCCGUUCUUCGAUGUCCAGAGUCAGCAGCCUAACCUGGAUGCCACCUUCCCUGGCUCUGUUCCCGGUGCAUGUCAAGAGUAUAACCCAGUGACCCACCCCCAACUGGAACUGGAGACGACCAUGGUAUCGGUGCCGACAGUUGAGCCCGGUGACUUUGUUGCCUGGCAUUGCGAUAUGCUCCACUCUGUCGAUAAGGAACACCGUGGCAAGAGUGACUCUAGCGUGCUCUACAUCCCUGCCACUCCUUUGUGCGACAUGAACAUUGAUUACCUUCUCAAACAGCGUCAGGCUGCGAUCGACUACUCACCACCGUGGGAUUUCCCUGGUGCUGGUGGUCCUGGCGAGUUUGGGUUCAAGGGAGCUAUGGACUGGUCAUCACUGAAUACUGAUGGACAGCAAGCAUUGGGUCUCGGUAACACACCUUGGAAGAUCACCGAGGCUAUGAGCGAGGGUGAGAAGCAGGCCGUGCGAUCGGCUAACAAAGCUUGCUUUGGCCUGUAA